AUGUCUAUUGGAGGCAUUUACAAGACUUCCUAUAGAUGUCGCCGUGUAGCCUCCAAGACAGUCCUGUCGUUCCAGGCAAAAGACCCCGAAAACCCAAUAAAUUGGUCAACAAACAAAAAACUGUUCAUUCUCUUUUCUGGAAUCAUGAACGUGCUAAAUAGCACUCUUGGUUCUUCUUUGCCCAGCGGAGCGAUACCCUAUAUAGCACGGGAGUUCAAAAUUCGAUCUGCUGAACAGCUGACUCUUCCAAUAUCUCUAUUUUUACUCGGUUACGUCUUCGGGCCAAUUGUGUGCGGACCCCUAUCGGAGUCUUAUGGGCGUAAGCCGGUGGUCAUAGUAGGCUUUGCAGCUUUUAUGCUCUUCACUCUUGCGUGUGCCUUAUCGCAAAGCUGGGCUGCUCUGCUGGCUAUGCGGUUUUUUGUCGGAGUGUCAGCAUCAGCGCCCAUAGCCGUUGUUGGGGGAGUGUUUGCCGAUGUGUAUGACGAGCCCAGGACAAGAGGGAGAUAUAUGGCCUUUUUUAUGGCAGUAAGAGCCACUCCGGCUUUCAUUCUAAUCAAAGGCAAGGCUAACUUUUGCAGUCAACAUGUGCGGGUCCAAUUGUUGGUCCACCUGUCACAGGGUUCAUAUCAGCAGUAA